AUGGUCGGGCCCUCGAACACAUUGCUCAUUCGUCUCGGUGCCAAGUUCGAGCCGUGCAUGCGCGGCCCCUCGCUACAGGCGCGCGCGGCAUACGAUCUUCUCGGUGACGGGUCUGAUCCCUUCGAGGCAUUGGACACUGUGGUUGCCUGUCCCCCGACGUACAACGGGCGCACGGUCAAUGGUUCUGGCAUCUUGUGCACUUACGGCGAUGCCAUGUCCUCCACUUGCGGCAUGGGCGGUUUCAAUGUGCUAGGCCUCGGCCCGGUGCGUACCAACGGCCUGCAGACGCUCGACGCACAGGACAGCGCCAGUGACAGCUGGAAGUCCGCCGGAACAAGCGCUCUCCCCCCUGCGCCGGCCAGCCUGCUGCUCGGGAAUGCGAUUGUCAACGCACCGGCCACCACGCCGCAAAAUUCGCACCCGAGCAUGAGCGGUGUGCCGGACCAAUGGUGGCGUCUUAUCACACCGAUCUUCAUCCACUCUGGCAUUGUGCACUUGGUUGGGGUGUCCACCAUCCACAUGUACAUGGGGUACCGCUUGGAGCAGGAUAUGGGAGCCCUACGCGUUGGUCUCAUCUACUUUGUAUCGGGCAUCUUUGGCAACACCGUCAGCGCCAAUCUGUCCCCCUUCCGCAUCACGGCCGGCUCGAAUGCCGCACUCUAUGGCCUGUCGGCGGUGGUCCUGAUGGACUUGAUCCAAAACUGGCGCCUCCUGGUGUAUCCGUGGUUCGCGGCCUUCCUGAUGGUUUUCUGCAUGGCCCUGGCCUUCUUGCUGGGCAUGUUCGUGCCGCACUUUGACAAUAUUUCCCACAUCGGUGGGUUUGUGGCUGGAGCGCUGGCCGGGCUGGUCCUUUCGCCACGCAUCACCUUCAACCGCCGUGACAAAAUCAUCAAAAUCACCAUGGCCUGGGUGGCUGGCAUUGUCUUGGCCGGCCUCCUGGCCGUCAGCAUUUGGUUCUUCUUCCAGGAUGGCACGGAAUGGUCCGGCUGUCUGUGGUGCCAUCACCUCACUUGCAUUCCCCUGUCGUAUGCUUGGUGUCAUCCAAUUAUGGCCCCCAUCUCCACCUAG